AUGCGACAAAAAAUUGAUAAAAUUUACGGUGAAUUACUCUCUAGAGUGCGAGUUGGCUCAAUGACAGUUGACGAUAUCAAAUUAUUAGAACAAAGAAAAAUUACAAUUGAUUCUUCGUUGUCAUACCAUGAUAGAUUGCACGAAGUAUGUAAUUAUAUUGAAAAAUUACCGUUAGAUACAGUUUGCUUGGUACCCACUUGUAAACAGUGUGAUUUAAUGAAUUCUGUAAUGACCAAUAAAAUUUCUUCUGAAGAAAUUAUACUUAAGGCUAACGAUUAUAUCGAUUGUCCUAAAUCACUAAAAAAGAAAGCAUGCGACACUUUGAUUAAAAUAAAAGAAGAUGCUAGUCGAUCGGCUGGACUUGCUGGAACAAUUGUAAUUAAAAUUGGUGCAAAAGUUAUGCUUCGACGAAAUAUUGACGUCACGCUUGGUCUAGUUAAUGGUGCCAUUGGUACUGUUAUAUCAAUCUCAAAAUCCAUAGAUGGCAGUAAAAUACAAGGUGUUAAUAUAGAUUUCGGUUCAGGUAAAGUAAACACUAUUGAGAGGGCAAAAGUUAAAUUUCAAUUACUGGAAAGAGCUUUUGUCAUAAGAGAACAGUUUCCAUUGUGCUUAAGUUAUGCAGUUACUAUCCAUAAGAGUCAAGGUUUAAGCCUCAAAAAUGCUAUUAUUGAAGCAGGCAAUAGUAUUUUCAAUGUUGGUCAAAUAUAUGUAGCUCUUUCUCGGGUUACAGAACUUGGAGGAUUACAUUUAAUCAAUUUCGAUCCUCAUUCAGUUAAAGCUAACCUUUUAGCAAUCGAAGAAUUCAAUCGCUUACGAAAAAUUUAUAGAUCUGACCUUCCUCCCAUUCCAGUUUCUAGUAGACGUUGGCAUAAAGUUUGGGAUUUAAUUUAG